CCCCCCUCCCCCCCAAAGGACGAACUUCCUCUUCUCCGUACGCCAUUGAUCGAUCCUUUGACAUCAACUUCUAUAAACUACCACGAUGCCCGCCCCUUCAACCACCCUCCUCAUCGAGGGCUCGUUCACCGAACUCGCCGAUGAGUUCGCCCAGUACAUCGAUGCUCUUCGCAAGCCCGACGCCGCCGCGUCCAGUCUCCAGGCCGACAUCGCCCCACUGUUGGAACCUCUGCGCCAGCAGGAACAGUCUGGUACCGAACCUGAUCGCAAGCAGCGCGAUGAGGUUCUGAAGAAGCUGGUUUCCGCCGCUACCGUCCUGAAUGCGGCCCCCGAGAAGGAGAUUAUCUCCGCCUACAACCUCCUCGUCCACCUCGUCCACCAGGCCUCCGAUCCGGACAUGUUCCUCUCUCGCAUUUGCUCCUACCUCGCUAAACCCAUCACCGCCUCUCCCCAGUUCGGCCCCUCCCUAGCCAUCUCCAUCUUGUCCACCAUCUUCAACACCCUCGCUCCCGCCGACUCUAGCCGUUACCACGUUCUUUUGGCCAUCGUUGCUGUCAUCCGCCAGGCCGGUGCCUCGGUCGCAUUCGACGCCCUCAAGCCCCAGCUGACCUCUCAGCUGCCUGCUUGGCUUGCCGCCUGGGAGCUCGAGGCUGAGGAGGCCCAGCGCCUGCACUUGGCCAUUGCCGAUGCCGCCCAAGCUGCUGGAGACGCCGAGCUUUCCCAGUCCCAUGUCGUCCAGGCCCUGCAGACUAUUCCCGCAGCCCAGGCCUCCAGUUCCGAAGCCCGCGAUCUGGCCGUUCGUGCCCUGACUUCGGCGCUCACCUCUCCCGCCGUCUUCGACUUCACUCCGUUGACCGCUUCCGAUGCCGUUCAGGCCCUGCGCGCCAGCGACAGCACCCUCUUCGAGCUGCUCGAAAUCUUCACCGCCGACACCCUUGACGCUUACGAGGCUCUUAUUGCCACCAGCCCUCUGGCUGGUAUCUCAGGCGGUGUGCUGGCCGAGGCGGGCGAUGCUCUGCAGACUAAGAUGCGCCUGCUCACCCUGGCCUCGCUGGCCGCUACCACCCCCUCCCGCUCUCUGCCCUAUACCACAAUCGCCAGUGCUCUGCGGGUGUUGGACGAGGAUGUCGAGAAGUGGGUCAUUGAUACCAUCCGUGCUGGUCUCGUCGAGGGUAAGCUUUCGCAGCUGCGCUCUGAGUUCCUCGUCCACCGCGCCACCUACCGCGUCUUCGGCGAAAAGCAGUGGGCGGAGGUGCAGGGUCGCCUGAUGGUCUGGCGCCGUAGCCUGGAACGCGUUUUGGGUGUUGUUCGUUCCGAGCGUGAGCGCUUCGUGCGCGAGGGGCUGCAGGCGGCCCAGGCGGCUGAAGAGGCUGCUCAGGGAAAGUCCGCCGACAAGGGCAAGUCGGGUGACCGCCGUCGCCACCAGGGCAACAACUAGGGACGAGCUAGAAAAAAGACUUAAAAGUAUCUCUGUGUCAUGGCUGGGCAGCGGUGUUAAACGCUAAUUUUUCGUGUCUUUGGAUUGGGUGUUUGUAACUGAUUUCUUGUGUUCAAGGCUGGAAUGUUCUCUUUCACUGUCGGAUCGAGAUGGACGAUUUGGGAUCGCUUGCGGUGUCAGGAGGUGGUCUGCUGUACCU